CUUUGUUUUACCUGUUACUCUACAUUAAUUAAAAAAAAAUAAAAAUAAAAAAAAAACCAUAAAUAUGAAGGUCAAGACUAUUUGCAUUGGUGAAUAUCAGAUAUCACCGUCUAUUGAAUUUUGUUUAUACCAGUUUCCAUCACCACUUGUAACACCUCCAAGAUCCUUCCAGGAUUCACAGCAACAACAAGCGGAAGACUUUAAUUAUUUCUGCCUGGAAGAUUUAUUUGCUAUAUUUGAUUUAUAUUUAAUUAAACAAGAUUUAAUCAAAUCAUUCAAACAAUACCCUGGAUUCUUUUGCAAAGAUGAAUCAUCCAACCGCUCCUUGAUUCAAACACAUGUUAUGGCAGAUAUCGCCCUUAAACACAAACUAUACAAUUUAGCGGAUCUAUGUCGAUUAGACGACAGGGAAUUAAUUUCAGGUGGUGCUAUUCCUUUAUUAAAGAUGACAACAUGUGUCAGACUAAAUACAACACCCAUCAUUUCAUACACAACAAUCCGUCAAGGGCAUUUCAGUGGCAAUGAAUGGUUUCUCGAUGCUGAUUUAUCAAGACCUUCUUCUCUCUUGUUAAAACGUCUGGCACCUAAACAUGGUCACAAAAAAAACCUAACCAUCUUGACACCUUCUUACAAUGAAGAUGCCGUGCAUGGCAUUCAAUCGGCACCCUUAAGAAGAAUCUCUAUUUCAGCCAACACGACAACGACUACUAAAAAAAUCCUGAAAAGGUCACCGCCCACCCACAACAACAACAACAACAACAAAAAGUCUCGAUUCACCAACGUACCCGCAACAGCCUCAGCCGUGUCAGCACCAUGGCCACAAACGUCAGCGCAAGGCCGAUUUCCUAGUCCACCCAUUGUGCCUAGCCAGCAGCCUGCAUGGGGUCAAUACCGAUCUCAGCCUAAGGUACCAUGCACACCUAAUAAGACACAAAAACAAAAGUUUCUGCAGCCAUUUGAAUACUUGUAUGACCAUAUUGAACAAACGCGUGUUCUGAAGACCACAUUGGAUGAUCAAAUCCGACGCUCCUCUUCCUUGAUGCAGACACUGCAAUCCUCAGGUACAAUGGUUGAAUCGCUGGUACGACGACAAGUACGUGAUAUGGUGGAUGAUACGUUUGAAACUAAAUUACGAGAAUGUACAGACCGUAUUGCGCGACUCGAACAACGCCUCACUAAUAAUAUACCCUUGUCACCUGCUAUUUCUCCUAUCAAGGAGCAACCGCUGGAUUUAAUGACUCAACUCAUGAAUAGAAUAGAUCAAUUAGAGUCAAAAUUAGAUAAAUAAGGCAUUCUUUUUUUUUUUUUUUGCUUUUUACAGUGUGUUCAUACCAAAAUAAAAAAAAUAAAAAAAUUUGCAUUACCC